UUGGUGAAAGUCGCUCACGUGACGAGAGAUUCGUAAGGUACAAGUAGCCCGCCAUAGUACACGCACGCAAUGGAAGAUUCACGUUCAACUCCAACACGAAUGCAGCACCUAGGCCAGCGUAUUCCGCCAUUCGGGAAGGUGCAACGAAACCUUAUUCUGAUUGCGGCCGGGAUUUUCAUGGUUUUCCUGGUCAUACUCUCGACGACCGCUAAGCGCGAUCCUUCAAUGAGCUUCGAGAAAGCGCUGAGAUCCCUGGAGAAGCGAGACUACUAUUCAACCGUGGAAAGCUCCAUGGACGUAUCGACGGAACCUUGUAAAGACUUCUACCAAUACGUGUGCGGGAACUGGCGGUCAGUCAACCCUACCACGGCAACAAACUUCGAGCUGGGACAGCGACGGGUCAUGAUAAGAAUGAAACAGCUGGUGGAAAGCAGGAAUUUCGACCCCAAGCAGGAGACAAGUGCGGAUAAAAUUGUGGCAGGAAUUCAAAGCUGCUACAACGUGCGAACAGACAGAAGAGACGACCUCUAUAUUGUUAAGGACUUUCUCCGGGAGAAUGGCUUGUUAAAGCACCGUAGCGUAAAGAUGUCCAAAGCCGGGAUCAAAGACGACAUUUUGAAUGCUUUAGUUCGACUUGACAUGAAGUACUCUUUAUCUAUUACCCAUUCUAUGAGACCUUCCAUUGAUCUACGUGCGAGGGACAAGUUGAUCUUGGUGCUAGAGCUUGGAAUGCUUCUGCCUGGUUGGAUGAAGGCCUACAAGAGAGGAAUAUCUGAGGCAGCCUACGUCGUCGGUGGAGAAAACUUCUACACGAACACCGUGAGCGUACACACCAAGGUUGUUUCCUGGACUGCUGAAGCGAAGUCGUCCCCGCCCGAGUACUCCACACUGCGGGACAUGCUUAUCACAACCUACUCUGACCUUACUGUGGAAAGAUGGCUCCACGCUGUCAGUGGCGUCUCCCCGCUAAACAUGACCGCAUCCACGGAAGUCUACAUUUCCAACCCAGUAGGAAUCAUGCUAACGGAUAAACUUGUCUCCGAGUACUCCUUGCGUCCCACCCCAGCCUUGAACUGGAUAGCCAUGAUACUUUUCCAUUACCUAUCUAGCGCCUCUUCCUUUGCGCUAAUGAAGUCAUUCCAAAGACACAGGCCUAGCUGCACUAGCUACUUCGCACAUGUUGCUCCAUACGCGUUGGGUGCUUUACUGACAUCGAAGUACCUUACAGAGAAGCAAGUUGCCGCAGCAAAGCACGUGCGGAAGUCCGUAAUGGAAACCGCCGUUUCUAUGUUCCCGUGGUUGGAUAGAGAGAGUCGAUCGCUAGCCACAGACCGCGUGAAGAACAUCACCGUUAUUCUGGGCUUUCCAAGCCACCUGGAAUCCCGCGACGGGUUCGACAAGCAUUUUGCUUACCUUCCGCGGUUUGGAGAUCCUUUCGUGCUUCACUUUCUAGAAGCUCUGAGAACUAAAACCGCUAUAACCUUCCGUCUGUAUCCGAAACCCACCAAGGCUUCUCUGAGUCACCUGAAGGCCAUGGCCUACACUGGAGACGUGUCACCGUCGGCAACUGCGCGGUACAUCGAUUUCCUUCACGUGGUUUUCCUUCCGAUCAUGUUCUUCUUUCCCCCUUUCAUAGAGCCAGACUCCCCGGCCGUGUCGUACGGUGGCUUUGGGCACGUUCUAGCUCACGAGAUUUUCCAUUCCUUCGACACGUCAUCGAUAGACAAGGAUUUGAACGGUACAGUGAAAACGUGGCUUCAGGCUCCCGCCAAGAAAGCGUACGACGAGAAGCUACAAUGUGUACUGCGACACUACGCCGCGGAGAAUGAACCUGGAAGCUGGACAUACAGCCUGAAGACGAAGGAUGAGAACUUUGCGGAUAUCGUUGCCUAUCAAGCUAUUCUGCACGCGCUCAAGAAAGAUGAGAGAGCGAAUUUGAAGGGCGCUUCAUCGAUACGAGGACUGACCAACGAACAGCUAUUUUACGUCAGCUUGUGCCAUAAGUGGUGCACGAGCAGAAGAAAUGCGAAUCCUACGACGAGCGUUGUGUGGUAUCCCCGGCCCGAGCAUCGUUGUAAUAUAGUGUUGAACACCGCAAAGGAAUUUGGAGCAGCAUUUAGUUGCCCUCGCAAUAUAUCCACGCUAUGCCUGUUCAAAUAGGCAAAGUUAACAAAAUAAAGAUCAUAGGCGUGUUUGUA